CUUCUCGAUAAAAAAAACUAAAACAUUUUUUUUUUUUUAUUGAAAAAAACAAUGAGGGAAUUUCCAAGCAUAACAGAUCAGAAGAUGUCAACAAUCGUGGAGUCUCAGACGCGGCACCCAUGGCGUUCACCGGUUCCUUACCUAUUCGGUGGUUUGGCAGCGAUGCUUGGACUCAUCGCCUUUGCUCUCUUGUUGCUCGCCUGCUCCUACUGGACGCUCUCGCGGCGGAGAAACGACGGUGACGGCGAGAAACAGACAGAGUCCGGUGAGAAAGUGGUGGCUAAAGUUUUCGAGGAGAAGAUUCUUGUGAUCAUGGCUGGACAAAACAAACCCACCUUCUUGGCCACUCCGGUCACCGCCAAGACUCGUGUCACUAAAGUGGACUGUGUAAUCAGUGGUGGCGAAAUUGUUGUAAAUACGGAGAGUAAAGAAGGGCAAAUGGGGGAAUCUACAGUAACUGAAGGGUCGUCGUUUUCUUCUGAAAACCUGUGAGCUCUGUUCUCAAAGAGUGUUUUUUUUUUGUCAGUUCUCGUCCUCUGGUUUUUGGUCCCUUUUUUUGGUUGUUGUUGUUGGAAUUAUUUUCCUCUGUUUUUAUCGACCUUGAACUUGUAAAUCCCAAUUAGAGUAGUAAAUGUGAACAAAACA